CAUCUCUAUUUUUGUACACAUCACCCACAGAAACGAAGGAAAUCAGAGGGAAGAACAAUCUCGGCAGCCAUAGACACGGCUAAUAUCUAGAAAUGUCAUCGAGAUGCUAAUAGACACGUGUCCAUCUUCCUCGAUCCGCAAAACCCUCACUAAAAUCCAUAAUCCUGUCCGCUAUAUUAGUUAAAGCACUCUUUCUCUCCCUCACAGCUACGCCGCCGCUUCUGUUCUUCGAUACCAUUUUCUGGGUCUCUCCCUCUUUCUCUCUAUACUCUAUUGAGUAGAGUUCUCCUCGCAUCCAGGAUUUCCAGCAAGUUGAUUUUCUCAGAGGUGAAGUGGAUAGAAGAUGAUCAAAGUUCGUGAAUCUCUGGUAAGAACAACUACCGUUUCUGAAUCGGCUUCUUCUAUACACUGAUGUUUGACCCACUUAUGGUAAUUAAUCCACGGUCCCUCUCAAAUCUCGUUGCCUGAAAAGCAAAAGAUACCGAUAUCCUUAAUUAGCUUCACGACACCAUAAAUACACCUCAGUUGUACUGUAACCACAGUUGGUGCUUCAUUUUCUUCACCCUGAUUUUUUUUUUUUACUUAGCAAAACAGUAGUAUAGUAUAUGGAUUCACCUCUAGCUUAGAGCCCAGUUGACCAAAUAGGAUAGUGAUUUAAAUUCUGGUACUUAAAAAGUGGCGAAGAUGAGCUUGGGCGCAGCCGAGGAUGAUUCGGCUUCAGAAAUUCAUGUUCCAGCUGAUAUAGAUUGGCAUAUGCUUGACAAAUCCAGAUUCUUCUUUCUUGGUGCCGCCUUGUUUUCCGGCGUAUCGGCUGUUCUUUAUCCAAUCGUCGUUUUAAAGACCCGGCAACAGGUUUCGCCCACUCAGAUUUCUUGUUUCAAAAUGUCCUUUGCCAUGAUGCGCCACGAGGGUGUGAGAGGGUUCUACAGGGGAUUCGGUACCUCUUUGAUGGGUACGAUCCCUGCUCGAGCGCUUUACAUGACGGCGCUUGAGGUCACCAAGAGUAAUGUCGGGACUGCCACCGUCAGGUUAGGCUUUUCCGAUACUACGGCCACCGCCAUAGCUAACGCCGCCGCUGGGUUGAGCUCUGCCAUGGCUGCGCAAUUGGUUUGGACCCCAAUUGAUGUUGUGAGCCAGAGACUAAUGAUGCAGGGUAACAUCCUUCCCCAUGUGAAUUGUGGCAAAUAUAGCAAUGGGAUUGAUGCGUUUAGGAAGAUUCUCUAUGCCGAUGGUCCAAGAGGGCUGUACAGGGGAUUUGGGAUUUCCAUAUUAACGUAUGCGCCAUCGAAUGCGGUUUGGUGGGCUUCUUACUCUGUCGCUCAUAGGCUUAUCUGGGGUGGUUUCGGUUGCUACAUGGGUAAAAAGGAUAAGGAUGAGCAUGGUUUAACGAAUAAUGGGAGCAAUUUUAGGCCGGAUUCCAUGGCGACGGUGGCAGUGCAGGGAUUGUGUGCUGCCAUGGCUAGUGGCGUUUCUGCUCUAAUCACAAUGCCGCUCGAUACGAUUAAGACAAGAUUGCAGGUUUUGGAUGGAGAGGAAAAUGGGCGGAGAAGGCCACUGAAGGUUGUGCCGGCGGUUCGGAACUUGGUGAAGGAAGCUGGGUUGAGUGCUUGUUAUAGGGGUUUGGGGCCAAGGUGGGUUUCAAUGUCGAUGUCUGCAACUACCAUGAUCACCACCUAUGAGUUUUUGAAACGGAUGUCUACCAAGAGGCAAGAGAGCUUCACUUCAUAAAUAGAUGUCUUCUUCUUCUUCUUCUUCUUCUUUCAGUUUCUUUCAAGUUCUCGCAGUUUUUCUCAAGUUUCGCUAUAUUUGGCUUGCUUGCUUGCCGAUAUGCUGAAGAUCAUAUAAUGUACAUUCUACUUUCUCUCUCUCUCUCUCUCUCUUUUUUUUUUUUUUUAGGGGUUUCAUAAAGUGGAUAUUCGAGAUUUUGCUCUAGUCCUGGUGCAAUUACCCUCUUUUCUCCUAUGAAUAUUUUUAAUCUUUUUUAUUUUAUGUAUCCAGUGCAAGAAUGAUUUUGGUUGAGAAA